CGAGGAGGGCCGCGAUGGCCGCAAGGACAAGGAUGGCGAGCGUGGCGAGGAGCGGGGCCGGGCUCGCGGCUCCAAGCCCCUGAUGCCAACCUCGACCAUCCUGCGGCUGCUGGCGGAGCUCGUGCGCUCCUACGUGGGCAUCGCCGCCCUCAUCGCCAACUACAGCUACAGCGUGGGCCAGUCCGAGCUCAUCAAGGAGGACUGCAGCGUGCUGGCCUUUGUCCUGGACCACCUGCUGCCGCACCAGCAGAACGCCGAGGACAAGGACACGCCGGCGCUGGCGCGGCUCUUCCUGGCCAGCCUGGCGGCCGCGGGCAGCGGCACCGAUGCCCAGGUGGCCCUGGUGAACGAGGUCAAGGCCGCGCUCGGCAGAGCCCUGGCCAUGGCCGAGAGCACCGAGAAACACGCCAGGCUCCAGGCCGUCAUGUGCAUCAUCAGCACCAUCAUGGAGUCGUGCCCGUCCACCUCGAGCUUCUACAGCAGCGCGGCCAAGGCCCCGCACAACGGCAUGAACAACAUCAUCCGCCUGUUCCUCAAGAAGGGGCUGGUCAACGACCUGGCCCGCGUGACCCCUGACCAUCAGAGUGACCCCCUGACCAUCAGAGUGACCCCUGACCAUCAGAGUGACCCCCUGACCAUCAGGGUGACCCCUUGGACAUCAGGGACUUCCCACGACAUUGGGGUGACCCCCUGGCCACCAAGGUGA